AGCUCGGGGCAGAUGCUGGGCUCGCGCCUGGGACAGGACAUUGACGGGCAGGAGUGCGUCCUACGCAUGAACCAUGCCCCCACCGCCGGCUACGAGGAGGACGUGGGGACACGGACCACCAUCCGGGUGGUGUCGCACACCAGUGUCCCGCUGCUGCUGAGGAACCAGCCCUACUUCUUCCAGCAGUCCCAGGAGACCCUCUACAUCAUCUGGGGGCCAGCGAAGAAGAUGAACCGGGAGAAGGUGGGUGUGACCUACCAGGCGCUGCUGAAGGUGAUGGAGACCUACCCCCACCUGCAGAUCUACACCCUGACCGAGGAGAAGAUGGUGUAUUGUGACAACAUCUUCCAGAACGAGACAGGGAAGAACAGGUUGAAGUCCGGCUCCUUCCUGAGCACGGGCUGGUUCACCAUGAUCCUGGCCAUGGAGCUGUGCGAGCAGAUCUGCGUCUUUGGCAUGGUCAGCGACAGCUACUGCAGAGAGAAGAACCACUCGAGCGUGCCCUACCACUACUUUGAGAAGGGCCGGCUGGACGAGUGCAGGAUGUACCUGAUGCACGAGCGAGCUCGCCGCGCCGGGCACCGCUUCAUCACCGAGAAAACCAUCUUCUCCCGCUGGGCCAAGAGGAGGAACAUCGUCUUUGCCCACCCGUCCUGGGCAGGCGGGUAG